CAUCAUCACACAUUAAAACUACACUUAGAAAAAUAUCCGAUUUUUCUCCAAUCCAGAAAAAGAAAGAAUGAAGGGUGCAGUUAUAGCAGUGAUUGCAAUUCUUGCCGUUUUCCAAUUGGCUGUUCAACACGGGCAUGCAGUUACAUGCGGUGAGGUGGACGUAUCUCUCAUGCCGUGCAUUAAUUACCUAAUCGGGCACGACAGCAGCCCAUCACCGGCUUGCUGUGCGGGGGUAAAAGCGGUCAAAGGGAUGGCUUCGACCACAGCCGACAAAAGGACUUGCUGUGGCUGUGUCAAAGCUGCCGCUAACCGCUACACCGACUUGAAAGACGAGGCGGCUCAGAGUCUGCCCACCAAGUGUGCCGUUCAACUCGACAUUCCUAUCUCUCGCACUGUUGACUGCACCAAGAUUAACUAAGAUGGGAAGAGGUAUGAAGAAGGGAGCAACGCUUUCAUAUAUCAGACGAUUAAUAUUAGAACUAUGUUUAUGUACGAAAAAACAAAUAAGUUGGGAGAUUCUUGAAUAAUGGUUCAAGAAGCUCAUUUCUAAUUUGUUGAACCUUACAUAUUAUUAAUGAAUAUUUUCUACUUGAUAUAUGUUUUUUGAAAAUUUUUUAAGAGAAGAAAAUCA